AUGGCGGAAGAUGGCGACCGAUUGCGGGGCGUUGUGCGCAGUUUCAGAGGCACGUGGGGCUUCAUCACCAGCGACGAGUGGGAGGGGGACCUGUUCGUGGGCCUCAAGGGCAACCCGCACCUCCAGAGCCUGAGCCCGGACGACGAGGUCGAGUUCACGGUAAGACAGAAGUCCAACUCCAGGGCGGAGGCCAUCGAUGUGACCGUUUGUGGCCGCGAGGGCCAGCCGUUGGCCGAGGAGAUCACCAGCGGUUGGGUUCGCGAGUUCAAGGGCCAGUGGGGCUUCCUAAACUCGGACGCCUUCGAGGGCGACAUGUUCGUGGGCCUCAGGUCAAACCCGCACCUGCACGGGCUGCGCCAAGGAGACCAGGUCGACUUCGAGGUGCACCGUGCCUGUGCUGGUAAGGUGCAUCGUGCCCGCGGUUGCGCCAUGCUCGCAUCCAGGAAUCCGGGGCUGGGCCAGCUCGUUUUCCCAACAGGAAACCCAGAGGAGUGGUGGGACUUCCAGGACAUCGAACACCCCGUUGGCAACCUCAAUGCAGCCUUGCUGGAGGCAGUCAGUGCGCAGUGUCCUCAUCUUCCUCGACACAGCCUGGAUAUUGUUUGUUUUGGCACCGUACACCUCCAGACUGACGACGUCGAGCUGGAGGAACUAUUUCGCAACUUCUCCUCCAUCUGCAGUCGCUUGGCCUCCCGGGCGGCCCAAGAGUGGGCCGACUUCCCAGUGACGGGGGAUUUCGGCGUUAACAUUCGCGCAAUCGGCCGAGCCGAGAAGAGGCUGGUAGUGUGUGCGGCUCGGCUGCUGCUGCAGCACAGCGGACAGGAUGAUGCCGGCCACCUGGAGGCUGCGGCGCGGGCAGUGGAGCGAAACGCCGCGGCCACGAAGGCGUUGCGCCAGCUGAUGCGGCCACAGUUCAGAGGGGUCGAGGACGGCACCGUGAAGUCCGUGGAGGCACGGCGGGUUCAGUUGGUCUUCCUUCCGGAGACGUGGGGCGGCGCUCUGGCUGGGGUCUUGGGCCUGGUGCGCCCUGGCCUCCUCGCGCGCUUCGGCUACCGGGAGGACGGCCCUUGCGGCGACCUGGUGGCGCUGUCGGCGACGCCGCUGCGGCCCUGCGCCGAGCCGGCCGUGGUGCGCAGGGUGCUGGAGAAUUGGUGGGGGCCGGCGGCCUCGUCCCCGAGCGAGAUGUUCGGGCGCGAGGAGGCGGCCGCCGCGCUGGGCUGCAGCGCCGGAGAGCUAAGGCAGCUGCUGGACCUGCUCGCCCGCUGCGCCGGCGCCGAAGACAGGGAGGACGACCCGGCCGCCGAGAGAGAGCGCGCGGCGCUGCGGGCGGCCAUCCUGGCCAGGCGCCUGUCGAGGCCCCCGACGGCCAGGAGGGUCGCCAAAGGGGGCCCCACCUGCGUAGCCGCGACCUGCUGCUGCUCUCCGCCGCGGAGGCCGCGGCCGGCGCGCGGCUGCGCGCCGUGCAGGAGGUGGAAGUGCCCGCGCUUGCUGAAGAAGCUCAGCCUGAUGGGCUCCCGCUGA